UUCAGCUGAUUCAUGUGAAAGGAAACUUUAACAAAAGGCAACUUUUUGUCACAGGAUAAGCUGCUGCUGUGGUGUUAGCGCACAGAGGUGACAACUAACAACUAUAGUUUCAAAAUGGCAGACGGUUAGAUGGCAGGAGGAAAAGUCAGUUGACAGACAGCCAUUUUCUUCUUCUUCUUCUGUGCUUUCACUUUCUGCCAUGGCAACGACCCCCCGUCGAUGGUUGUAUCAUUAAUAACAGCAAAGCUGCAGCGAUGCCCGACGUGGAACCUCUCAGAUAUCCAUCGAGGGAGGGACGACCGAGUCAACAAGAUCAAGCAGAUCUCGGAGUCGUUUGCUCUGGUCGACGUCGCACGUGUGCUUUGCUCAACAGUCCCUCGCCAUAUGUCAACAAUGCUAUUCACCAUAUGCACGAGCUUAAGAUGGCUGUGGAAAAUUGGUGUCAACAGUGUGGGAAAUAUCAACCACACAUGGACCAGGAGAAGCAGCAAUACAGCAAAACUUUAAGAUUUCAGCCCAGGGACUCAGACACUGAGGCAGUGAUGACUACAGAGUUGUUUGUCGAAGGCUUUGCAAUUAGUGCGCGAGGAAGUACAACAUUAUCGCCACUAUUGAAGAAAAUAAAUGACGUCCUUGGAGAGGUUAUGUGUCUGAUCGAGCGUCUGGAGGCUGAUCGUCAGAACGCAGAAGAAGCCCUCCACAGAGAGAAGAGGAGAAAAACAUUCUUGGAGAAGAAAGUUGGCAGUAUUUCACUGUGGAAGCAGCAAGAGCAUUCUUCAGUUGUCCAAAAAGCACGAGAGUCUUGCACGAGAGACGUCUCUGAACUGAAGUUGAAGCUGAAACUGGAAAAGGGAAAACUUCACCAGGUCCAAGGGAAACUAUCAGAGACGGAGAUGUUGAACCGGCAUUUACAUGAGGACAUCAACUUUGCCAAAAAACAAAUUCCCAUCGCGAAAGAAAACCUGGACCUCCAGAAGAACCUCAUAAACGAAAUCAACACUGCCCAAGCUGAGGCUGACGAAGUUUACUCCGAAACACAAAGUGAUCUCCUCGUGGUCCAGAAGGAGUUAAAAAAGAUGGAAGAGGACGCCAACAAUGAAAAGAUAUCAUUGGACCAUGCACUGAUGGUGAUGAAGAAUCAGCUGGCUGACAGACUGGAAGACUUAAACCAGUUGAAGAUGCUUGAGGAAGGUGUAUGUGGUGAAAUAGAUACUGCUGAGAAGACCGUCGCUCUCGCAGAGGAAAAGUGUGCAGCCGUAACGCAACAUAUCCCAGAGAUGACGGAGCUUGAGAGAACUGAAAAAGAGCGGAUUUUACAUCUGAAACCUGAAAUCGAGAACACGGUCCAAAAGAAUAAGAAACUAAAAGAGAAAAUAAUUGCACUGCGGGAAGAUAUCGAGAGAUCUAAACUUAAUGGGGGAGCAGAGGUUUCCUGCAUAGAAGAGCAACUCCAUUCAAAAAGCAAUGCUGCCGCAGCUCUCCGCAAAGUUGAACAUUACAAGAUGCAGAUUUUUGAGAGUGAGAAAGCAGUGGCGCAGAUGUGCACGGAGACGAAGCAGAUGCUCCAGAAAAUCGCUGACAGCGAUGAGCAGUGGGGAAAGGCCAAGGAGGAAGUGACCCGCAUUGUAGCCCAGCACAGUGUCAUUCAGGCUAAGCUGGAGCAGCAGGAGCAGCUCACCUUCCUGGAGGAACAGAGAGCCAGGAAAGAGAUUGAAGACCUGAAGAAAGACCUGACAGGUCACAUAACUGUGCUCGAGCUGCUGAAGGGUCAGUGCGCAGACAUUAAGGAGGAAAUGAAACGACAGAAAAGAAGCUCAGACCUCUCCAGACAAAAACUUCAGAAAGACUUUGAAGACGCACUUUCAGCAACAGAAGCCCUAGAGACGAAAAUCAAGAAAAUACGGAAAGAGACAGAAAUCUUGGAAAAGAUCCAGCUCGAGCACAGGAACACGUUACUCGACCUCGAGGAGGAGAAAGAACGCAGGCGUGAUCACCUGAAAGCCGCACAAGAUUUACACGCUGCGACUAUAAAGAGAUAUGACGACACUCAGGAGAGGAUCAGUGACCUCAUAAGGAGGAGCAAAGAAUACCAAGAUGCUUCAGAACAAAUGGAACAAAUAGUUGAAAGCAUGCCAGAAAUCAUAGCAGAACUUCAAAGUGCGUUUGAUGCUGUGGAUUUCCAAAACAAAUCAGCUGCUCUCAUAAUGAGCACCUUGCAGUCUGAUAUUAAUAACUGCCAACGACAAACACAGCGAUCCAUGCAGACACACACUGCUCACGUUAGAGCAAGAAAAAAGCAAAUGGAAGAAACCAAGGAAGCACUGGAAAUUGCACUGAAGGAGAACAAACAGCUGGCAACAGAGUACAAAGGUCUUAAGAAGAUUCUCAUGGAGGCCAAACAAGAGGCAGCAUCAGCACUUAGCAACAAGAACCACGAGCAUAGAUCUUUUCAUUAUUACACACAGCUCUCUUUGUUGCAGAAGAGGAUGCACAAAGCUUUGGUGAAAUACUUCAAACAACGCAACCUCUACAGCCGGGCUGAACUGGAUCGGUGCCAGGCUCGCUCUCAAGAGACCAACCAGAAAAUAAAAACAGCCCAGGAGGAGUUGUCAGAAGAAAUCCAGCUCAUCUCUGCCUUCCUGCAUUCCUUGACAGAUGACUCUACUACCAGUCAUGAUGUCGGGGUGAACAAACAAGCCGGUCCAGAUGCUGCUGGAUCGAGAUGACUAGAUGCCCUCACUUUCACGUGGCACUGUAAUUGGACAUUCACCUGUACCAGACAACUUACUUACCCUAGCACGCUUCACUAUUCCCCCCCUCUUUACUUGCAGCAAAUCCAUAACAAUGAAACAGGUGACUUUCAUGCUGCUGUCAGGACUGAUCUAAUUUUAGCUGGGUGAAUGAUUGCAAUUGGCUUUGCCUCAUCAGAUAAUUAAUCUAUGUCACCAUUAAUUGGAAAAGAGAAUAAUUACAGGCAGUGUUGACAGAAAUUCUACGCUUCUCCAGAUUCCGAGAUCUAAUUACAACUAGUGAAACCCUAUGACCUUAACUAGCACUUAGUGCACCUUGCCCACCUUGACCAUGGCCAUGAAGACCACUGUCUGCGAGAAGACGCUGUUUUUGUAACCACGCCGUGUGCUCCUCCACUCCACUCUCUCCACAUUCCCUGAGAGCUGUCUCCCUCAAUCACUUUUCAAUAUUCAAUCUUAAUUUUGUGGAAGUUUAGCAUUUUCAAUGAGCUGGAGAUGAAUGAUUAAUGAAUAAAUUUAAAUGCUUCAUUUUGUCCAUGGAUCAUUAGUUAAGUCCUUUGUGGGAAGGACCUGAGAAAGGAGUGAAAAUUAUUGAGACAUUAGCCUGAAGCAAUCCAGGGGUAAAUAGUGUGCACAAAAGGAUGUUGUGUGUGCACUAUCCACUGGCUUUUCUAAAGAACCCCGGGGAAACACUGUUUUCAAUUUGGAAUCUUAACCGAAUCACAUCUAGUACUUGUGCAAAAUUGAUUUUUUUUGUUUCAUCAUGUUGUGUACAAUGUCAUACUAAUGGCAGACGACGCUAAUGUCUGCUCUAUAUAGACUUUUAAAAGUUGUGUGGAAGUGUAUGGAGCCGAACAGAACUUUGUCUAAA